ACACUUUUACGCACCAGAAUGGCUUUGUAUUAAAUAGUCGACAAUAACAGACAUCCGUUAAAAAUAUAUAUUUUUAAGUUAGACUUACUUUUCGACUUUGUGUAGUGUUAAAAGUAACACAUAAAAAAUGUCCGGAGAGGAGCACAGCCUGUCCGAAGCGGAGCUGAGCCCCGGAGGCUCGGACGACGCGCACUCCCUCUCCCCGGCCCGCGCCGGAGCGCCGCCCGGCCGUGACUCACCUCUGAGCGGCUCCGCGCCCCAGCUGACGGCGCUCUGCGUGGCGGAGGGCGGCAGGGACGACAGGUCCGCGAUCAAGUCGGAGGAGGAGGACGACCGCUUCCCCAUCGGCAUCCGGGAGGCGGUGAGCCAGGUCCUGGACGGCUACGACUGGACUCUGGUGCCCAUGCCGGUGCGCGUCAACAACGGGAACAAGAGCAAGCCGCACGUCAAGCGGCCCAUGAACGCCUUCAUGGUGUGGGCCCAGGCCGCCCGGAGGAAGCUGGCCGACCAGUACCCGCAUCUGCACAACGCCGAGCUGAGCAAGACUCUGGGCAAACUGUGGAGGCUGCUCAACGAGAGUGACAAGAGGCCAUUCAUCGAGGAGGCGGAGAGGCUGAGGAAGCAGCACAAGAAGGACUACCCGGAGUACAAGUACCAGCCCCGGAGACGCAAAAACGGCAAACUCACGCCCGCUAAUGAGUCGGACAGCCCGGGGGAAGAAGGGGCCAGCCACUCCCAGUCACACUACAAGAGCCUGCAUCUGGAGCACAACGGCGGCCCCGGCUCCCCGCUGGGCGACCUGCACCAUCAUCACCACCAUCACCACCAUCACCCGGCCAGUCAGGGUCACAGCCCCCCCACUCCCCCCACCACCCCAAAGACAGAGCUCCAGUCCGGCAAGUUGUCCGACAGCAAGAGGGAGGGGGCAGCCGUAGGACCCAGGGGAGCCCUGGGCGAGGGGGUGUCCGGCGGCCCCUCGUCGUCCGGCUCCAAGCCCCACAUCGACUUUGGCACCAUGGACAUCGGCGAGAUCAGCCACGAGGUGAUGGCCAACAUCGAGCCGUUCGACGUCAACGAGUUCGACCAGUACUUGCCCCCCAACGGGCACCCCCAGGGCGCGCCCGGAGCCCCCGCCGCGGGGUCCUCCGCCUCGUCCUACGCCUACGCCCUGGCCGCGGCCAGCGGCCACUCGGCCUGGCUCUCCAAGCAGCAGCAGUCCCAGGCCUCGCCCUCGUCCUCCGACCCCUCCAAAACCCAGAUCAAAAGCGAGUCGGCGACCGGGGGCCACUACGCCGAGGCCUCGUCGUCGCCCUCCUCGGGGGCCCACGUCACCUACACCCCGCUCAGCCUCCCUCACUACGGCUCGGCGUUCCCCUCGCUGGCCUCCAGAGCGCAGUUUGAGUACGGGGACCACCAGGCGCCCGGGGCGUACUACGCCCACUCCAGUCAGGCCCCCGGGCUGUAUUCCGCCUUCUCCUACAUGGGCCCUACACAGAGGCCUCUGUACACCACCAUAGGAGACCCCUCCGGCGUGGCCCCCUCCCACAGCCCCACACACUGGGAGCAGCCUGUUUACACCACACUCACAAGACCCUGA